AUGCGAUUAUCAUCCUUUUGGCGCUAUGCCGCCGCCGCCGUUGCUGUCCUCGUACCCUCCCUCGCCGCCGCCGACGACGCAGACAACCCGACCGGCCAGUCCACCUUUGUCUCCCCCGACAAGGAUCUCGGCUUCGCCUUUACCAUUGGCGACGAGGACGUCAACGACUACUUUGUCACGAUGCGCAUGCGCACCACGCGCUCCUGGGGCGCCAUCGGCCUCGGCAGCCACGACAUGGCCGGCGCCCUCUACUUCGUCAUGUACCUCAAUGCCAAGGGCGACAACGUGACGCUCUCCCCACGCCUCGCCUACGGCCACUACGAGCCGCGCUUCUACGACGCCAUGCGCUGGGAGUACCUGCCGGGCACCGGUGUCAAGGACGGCUUCGCCACCCUGUCGUUUCGCUGCAUCGAGUGCCAGAACUGGCCCGGCGCCGACUCGGGCAAGGGCUACCUCGACCUCAACUCCAACAGCCAAAAGUCCAUCUGGGCCCUCGGCCCCCGCCAGAAGCUGCACGCCGACGACCAGCGCGCGCCCCUGCGCUACCACGAGUCGCAUGGUGUCUUUAGCAUCGACAUGGCGCGCACAAAGGGCACGGCCGACGCACCGGUCCUGACGGACAAGUCGGUGGAUGAGGGCAUCACCCAGGUGGAACAUGUCACCAAGCUGUUUGAUGUCAAGUCGUCGAUGCACGCGGCGCUCAUGACGCUCGCGAUUCUCGUGCUCUUUCCGCUCGGCAUUGUGCUGCUGCGUGUCGGGCGCUGGGCGAGCUGGCACGGUGUCAACCAGGCUGUGGCUCUUGUCAUUGUACUCGCUGGCUUUGGCAUGGGCAUCGCCACCAGCUUCCAUUACAACCGCUCCAUGAGCUUCAAUUCGGCGCAUCAGAUUAUCGGACUCCUCGUCGUCGCUUUCCUGCUCGGCCAGUUCACCCUUGGCGUCCUGCACCACCUCGAAUACCGUCGAACGCGCGCCCCAACAAGAUACGGUAGAAUCCACGUUUGGCUCGGCAAUGGCGUCUUACUCCUUGCCAUUGGCUACUUUUUCGCCAUGAACUUUGUCGCCGCUCUCGGCCUCUGCAUCACCGUCAUGGUGUUGUGCCUCACCGCCCUCUUCCUGAGCAUCCGCCAGAUCCGCGCCGCCAAGAAGCGCCGCAUCGCUGCCGCCUUUGGUGCCGCGCAGGCCGCCUCGUACGGCGACGACCGAUGGACCGACAACGAGCCCGGCACGGCGCGCGACCGGGACGACCACGACCCCCUGCCCAAUCCCAGCGUCAAGAGGGCCCCCGGCUCGCCGUCGCCGUGGAAGAGCGGCAGCGGCCGCGUGUCGCAUGAGGAACAAGGCCACGAGCUGGGCACCAGGACCAACAAGCCAUUCCUCUAG